GCGUGCUCACUUUCUGAGCUGCCAUAGGACUGCUGCACAUUUAGACAAGACAAACUUGCAUCUCAACAAGGAAUGCAUGAAGCAAGGAGUGUCUUGUUUUGUACCCUCAUUCUGUACCACCUCAGACCACGUGUCGAUGGCGUCAGUGUCUAGGUACCGAAGAUUCAUCAGCCUCGGCCACCAAGGUGUCUACAAACGUGAAGUUUCAUCAUCGAUUUCGUGAUUCAUCACAAGACAUCUGCUUGGUACAGACCGAGAAACCCAGUGAGACAGCUGCGCGACGACUUAUUAAUUAAAACAGUCAUACCUUGGUAGUCCUCCGUCAGGCUUUCCAAUCACAACCAUGACGAAUACGACAACACCCACCCUCUACUUUGGCUACGGCAGCAACCUAUGGCAGCACCAAAUGAACUUGCGAUGUCCCACGUCGGAGUAUCUCGGUGUCGCUCGUCUCGACAACUACCGCUGGAUGAUCAACGACCGCGGAUAUGCCAACGUCGUCCAAGUCGAUCCAUCUCCUUCCGCCGAACCCUCCUACGCCAACGUCGUCUAUGGCCUCGUCUACUCCUUACAACCCUCGGAUGAAGAAGAGCUAGAUAUCAACGAGGGAGUGCCAUUUGCCUACACCAAAGAAGACUUACAAGUCUCGUUCUGGCCCAAGGAGAAGAAGGACGAACCCGUCGACACACACAAGACUCCCAAGAAGCAGGACAUGUUGGUCUACAUUGAUCGCGAACGCGUCAUCGACAGCAAGCCAAAGCACGAAUACAUAUAUCGCAUGAACAUGGGCAUAAGCGAUGCGCUCAAGGAAGGUGUACCCAAAGACUAUGUUCAGGAGGUUAUGCGCAACUUUAUCCCACCCGAGCAUGAUGAUGAGCUCCACGAUCAAGCUCUACAGCAAGCUCUAGCUUUCAAGGAUGAGAGGUGAUGUACCAUGCUCUGUUGCAAACAGGCACUUUCUUCAAAGUCCAAGGACGAGCAACUCGCGUACUGGCUAUCGUCCCCCAAUACUACAAUCACUUCAAGAUACAUCUAGAAAAGCACUAGACAAAAUACAAUAAUCACAUUCUUUUUGAGC